GACUGGACGGACGCUUCUUCAGGAACAACAAUGCGCCAACUCUUUCAACCACGUCGGUAGCUUGCUAGCCAACAUAAAACUGAAAGAUUGACGUUUUAGACCAUGCUAAUGUACAUUAUCUAAUCUCAGUGUUUUAAACGAUUUUCGGUUAACGUAUCAACUGGUUCAAUUUGCAAACGUGUUAAAGAUUGAUACUGAGCCUAGCACUAGGCUAGACGCUAAUGCUAGCUAGCUAGCUAACAUCCCUGACCAUGAGCUCACUAAACUACUCCUCCCUUACUAAUGAAGAGGGGGUCUGCUGUAUGGAGAAAGAAUCUUUCAGAAUGAAAAAGGAGGAAGAGGAGGCUGUUAUAGUGAAAGAAGAGAAAGAACCGUUUAGAGAGGAAGAUGAUGCUAUCUCAAUAAAGGUGAAGGAGGAAGACUUUUUGGGAGUGAAAGAGGAGGAGACAGAAUAUCAGAUUAACACCAGAGAGACACAUGACUAUCGUGGAUCCUCUGGGAAGCCUCAACAACAUCCUGAUGCUGACGAGGAAGAGAAGAGUCUCUCCAGAUCAGAACACCAGAUGGACAACGCUAGCCCUUCCACCCUCUCGGAGUCCCCGUGUCAUGCCUCUCCUGUUAGCACCUUGCUGCUGGUGGACUGCAGGAAAACAAUGAGGUUGAGUGGAACUGUGGGAGGAGGAGAAGAGAGGAAAGGAUCAGAUUUGACUCAAAGAGAAAGGCCAGACUCGGAGGAACCAGAGCCAGGGACGUCCAAACUAGCAAGACGACACCACUGCUACCACUAUGGAAAGAGUUGUAACCGGUUAUGGGACCUGAAACAACAUGAGAGAAUACACACAGGGGAGAAGCCUUACCACUGCUCCCAGUGUGGAGAGCGUUUCAACUGGAAAUCAAACCUGAAAGCCCAUGAGAGAAUACACACAGGAGAGAAGCCUUACCACUGCUCCCAAUGUGGAAAGUGCUUCAACCAGUCGGGGGACCUGAAACAACAUGAGAGAAUACACACAGGAGAGAAGCCUUACCACUGCUCCCAGUGUGGAAAGAGUUUUCGCCGGAAAGCACACCUGAAACAACAUGAAAGAAUACACACAGGAGAGAAGCCUUACCACUGCUCCCAGUGUGGAAAGAGUUUUCGCCGGAAAGCACACCUGAAACAACAUGAAAGAAUACACACAGGGGAGAAGCCUUACCACUGCUCCCAGUGUGGAGAGCGUUUCAACUGGAAAUCAAACCUGAAAGCCCAUGAGAGAAUACACACAGGAGAGAAGCCUUACCACUGCUCCCAAUGUGGAAAGUGUUUCAGCCAGAGAGUAAACCUGAAACGACAUGAAAGAAUGCACACAGGAGAGAAGCCUUACCACUGCUCCCAGUUUGGAAAGAGUUUCAACCAUCCAGGGAAGCUGAAAGCUCAUGAAAGAAUACACACAGGAGAGAAGCCUUACCACUGCUCCCAGUGUGGAAAUUGUUUCACCCGGUCGGAGAUGCUGAAAGCUCAUGAAAGGAUACACACAGGAGAGAAGCCUUACCACUGCUCCCAGUGUGGAAAGCGUUUCAACUGGAAAUCAAACCUGAAAGCCCACGAGAGAAUACACACAGGAGAGAAGCCUUACCACUGCUCCCAAUGUGGAAAGUGUUUCACCCGGUCGGGGAUGCUGAAAGCUCAUGAGAGAAUACACACAGGAGAGAAGCCUUACCACUGCUCCCAAUGUGGAAAGUGUUUCAACCAGAGAGGAAACCUGAAACAACAUGAGAGAAUACACACAGGAGAGAAGCCUUACCACUGCUCCCAAUGUGGAAAGAGUUUCAACCAGAAAGCAAACCUGAAAGCUCAUGAGAGAAUACACACAGGAGAGAAGCCUUACCACUGCUCCCAAUGUGGAAAGAGUUUCAACCAGAAAGCAAAGCUGAAAGCUCAUGAGAGAAUACACACAGGAGAGAAGCCUUACCACUGCUCCCAAUGUGGAAGGUGUUUCAACCAGUCGUGGGCGCUGAAACAACACGAGAGAAUACACACAGGAGAGAAGCCUUACCACUGCUCCCAAUGUGGAAAGUGUUUCAACCAGUCGAGGGAGCUGAAACAACAUGAGAGAAUACACACAGGAGAGAAGCCUUACCACUGCUCCCAAUGUGGAAAGUGUUUCAACCAGAGAGUAAACCUGGAAGCUCAUGAGAGAAUACACACAGGAGAGAAGCCUUACCACUGCUCCCAGUGUGGAAAGAGUUUCAACCGGAAAGCAAACCUGAAAGCCCAUGAGAGAAUACACACAGGAGAGAAGCCUUACCACUGCUCCCAAUGUGGAAAGUGUUUCAACCAGUCGGGGGAGCUGAAACAUCAUGAGAGAAUACACACAGGAGAGAAGCCUUACCACUGCUCCCAAUGUGGAAAGUGUUUCAACCGGUCGGGGGAGCUGAAAGAACAUGCGAGAAUACACACAGGAGAGAAGCCUUACCACUGCUCCCAAUGUGGAAAGUGUUUCAUCCAUUCAGGGGAUCUGAAACGACAUGAGAGAAUACACACGGGAGAGAAGCCUUACCACUGCUCCCAAUGUGGAAAGUGUUUCAACCAGAGAGGAAACCUGAAAAAGCAUGAGAAAAUGCACACAGGGGAGAAGCCUUACCACUGCUCCCAGUGUGGAAAGAGUUUUCACCAGAAAGCACACCUGAAAGCUCAUGAGAGAAUACACACAGGAGAGAAGCCUUACCACUGCUCCCAAUGUGGAAAGUGUUUCAACCAGUCGGGGGAGCUGAAACAACAUGAGAGAAUACACACAGGAGAGAAGCCUUACCACUGCUCCCAAUGUGGAAAGUGUUUCAACCAGAGAGUAAACCUGAAACAACAUGAGAGAAUACACACAGGAGAGAAGCCUUACCACUGCUCCCAGUGUGGAAAGAGUUUCAAUCGGAAAGCAAACCUGAAAGCUCAUGAGAGAAUACACACAGGAGAGAAGCCUUACCACUGCUCCCAAUGUGGAAAGUGUUUCAACCAGUCGGGGGAGCUGAAACUACAUGAGAGAAUACACACAGGAGAGAAGCCUUACCACUGCUCCCAUUGUGGAAAGUGUUUCGUCCAUUUGGAGGUGCUGAAACAGCAUGAGAGAAUACACACAGGGGAGAAGCCUUACUACUGCUACCAGUGUGGAAAGGGUUUCAACCAGAGAGGAAACCUGAAACUGCAUGAGAGAAUACACACAGGAGAGAAGCCUUACCACUGCUCCCAAUGUGGAAAGCGUUUCGUCCGUUCGGUGGAGCUGAAACAACACGAGAGAAUACACACAGGAGAGAAGCCUUACCACUGCUCCCAGUGUGGAAAGAGUUUCAGCCGGAAAGCAUUCCUGAACCAACACGAGAGAAUACACACAGGGGAGAAGCCUUACCACUGCUCCCAGUGUGGAAAGCGUUUCAACCAUUCAGGGAAGCUGAAUCGGCAUGAGAGAAUACACACAGGAGAGAAGCCUUACCACUGCUCCCAAUGUGGAAAGUGUUUCAACCAGUCGGGGGAGCUGAAACAACACGAGAGAAUACACACGGGAGAGAAGCCUUACCACUGCUCCCAGUGUGGAAAGCGUUUCAACCAUUCAGGAAAGCUGAAACGGCAUGAGAGAAUACACACAGGAGAGAAGCCUUACCACUGCUCCCAAUGUGGAAAGUUCUUCAGCCAGAUAGGAUACCUGAAACAACAUGAGAGAAUACACACAGGGGAAAAGCCUUACCACUGCUCCCAGUGUGGAAAGUGUUUCAACAAUUCAGGGACGCUGAAACGACAUGAGAGAAUACACACAGGGCAGAAGCCUUACCACUCCUCCCAGGGUGCAAAGCUUUUGCCCAUUUAGGAAGCCUGAAAGAACACAUUAGACUGCACACA